ACAUUGACAGAGGAUGAGCACAGACUUCUGGAAAUGAACAAGAUUUUUUGUAGCAGAGAGAUUAGGAACACUGUGGCUUUCUACUUAGCUCUUUCUACCUCAUUGACGAAUUGUAACGCACGUCAGUUCCAACUUCCCGCUUCCUUACGUAAUGACGGGCUUUUACCUUAUCGCGGUCUUGCUCAACCUCGUUACAUCGUUGUGAAUGAACCAUGUACGGUCUGUAAGGGGUUAGGAGAAGAUUCUCUGAAGAUUCGUUGUGACUUUUGCCGUUACGUUUACCAUCUGGACUGUCUGCGACCCCCAUUAUGUUGUCCACCAUCAGAGACGUGGAUGUGUCCAAAUCACGUGGAACCCGUUGUGGAAUCAAAAUUACUGACUUCCAUAAGUGUAACGGAACGACGACAUCUGUGGGCAAAGUAUGCUAGGCAAAGAGUUGAUGAGCAUCUCGUGCGUAUGAGUUUUUUGCACAAGGUCCGUAAAUCACCUGAUGAAUCAAGCACCGAGGAUGUUCAUAACUCAGAUGCAUGCGAGAAGUAA